GUUGAUUAUUCUUCCUUUCUCCUCUUCUUCCUUUCUGCAUCGAAAUAUCCAGAGGGAAUGAUGCAGAAAUGUUCAUUGAGUAACCGGAGAAGGAGUUUAGAAGAUGAUGUACCAAUCUCAGAUAGAACGUUUGAGAUAAAUUCUCACAUCUCUGUUCCUUGUCAUUUGGAACAGUGUCUUAAUCUCAAGACAGGAGAGGUUUACUACAUAAACCGGAAGACCGGAAUAAACAACAACAACAAUGCAUAUGAUGAUUUCAGUGGAGAAUCGGAUGUAGCUGUUGUUUCAGAAGACGAUAGCUCUUAUUAUGAAAGCGAAGAAUCUUCAUCAGAGUCAUCGAUAGAGAAUCACGAAGAAGAGAAUGAAGUUCUUGUGGUAGCUGGCUGCAAAGCUUGUUUUAUUUAUUACAUGGUACCUAAACUCUUGAAAGAUUGCCCCAAAUGUGCAGCUCAGCUUCUUCACUUUGAUCGAAAUCACUCUGCUUCUCCUUAAACCUCUUUUUUU